CUCCAACCACACACAUCCCACAUUCAUCAUCAAUUACCAUUUUGCCGUAUAAAAGAAGAAAAGAAAGCAUAGUCAACAAUUCAAGCAAUUUCCUCUCACCUUCCCACCUCCACCUUUUCCUAAACACUAGGCCACACAAUCUCCCCCCAUCAACAUCAUUACUUUCUCCCCAUUCCACCUAACCAAACCUAACCUAUCCAUUCCACUUCAUUUCCAUCCAAAAAAAAACAACCCCUCUCCCAACAAUGGCGAACAUCCCCUCCGACCUCUUCACCGACAUCCUCUCCUUACUCCCCGUCCUCCCCCUCCUCCGCUUCCGAUUAUCCUCUAAAUCCCUCCGCUCCCUCAUCGACAGCCACAACUUCAUCAACCUCCACCUCCACAACUCCUCCAACUCCACCCUCAUCCUCCGCCACAACUCCGAUCUCUACCAACUCAACUUCCCCACGCUCACCACCUUAACUCCUCUCAACCACCCCCUCAUGUGUUACAGCAACCGCAUCACUCUCUUCGGAUCCUGCAACGGUAUCCUCUGCAUCUCCAACAUCGCCGACGACAUCGCUUUCUGGAACCCUAACAUACGUAAACACCGGAUCAUCCCUUAUCUACCUAUCUCUCCCCGUUCUGAAUCAGACACCUCUCUCUUCGCCGCUAGAGUACACGGAUUCGGUUACGAUCCGUUUGGUUCUGAUUAUAAGCUGGUGAGAAUCUCUUAUUACGUUGAUCUGCAACAACGAACUUUCGAUUCGCAGGUGAGGCUUUUCAGCUCGAAGACGAAUUCGUGGAAGGCGCUUCCGAGUAUGAAUUAUGCUCUUUGCUGUGCGAGAACCAUGGGAGUUUUGGUUGAGAAUUCUCUCCAUUGGAUUGUGACUCGGAAGCUUGAACCGUUUCAGCCGGAUUUAAUCGUUGGGUUUAAUCUUACACUCGAGGUUUUCGAAGAGGUUCCUCUUCCGGAAGUUGAUGACAGUGAAAGUUUUGAAAUUGAUGUUGCGGUUUUGGGAGGGUGUCUUUGUAUGAUUGUGAAUUAUCAAGCUAGUAAAGUUGAUGUGUGGGUGAUGAGAAAAUAUGGAUCUGGAGAUAGUUGGUGUAAGCUGUUUACUUUGAUUGAACCGUGUUUUAUUUUGCCGUUGAAAUCGUUGAGGCCUUUGGGUUAUUCGGAGGAUCGAAAUAGGGUUUUAUUGGAAGUUGAACGGAAGAAGCUAGUUUGGUAUGAUUUUAAGACUGGACAAGUUGUUGAUGUUCAAGGGAUUCCUAGUUUGAAUGAAGGCAUGAUUUGUGUUGAGAGCCUUGUGCCACCUUCCUUGCCUAUGGAUAAUUAUAGGAAGGAGAUUCAGCAUAAGUUGAGAUGCGAAAGUAUAAGCAAUAGAAGGGAUGACUUCUUGUCUCAAGGAUUUAAAUUGACACUGUAAGGGAGUGAUGGAAGAGCCAAUGAUGUGUAGCUUAAACCUGAAGCUCCAGUUGUUUCUGGCGAUGGAAUUAAUCACUUUGGUUUGCGGGAAGGGUUGAUAAUGGAGCUGCACCAUUUUAAUCUUUCUUGAAUUGUGUGAGAUUAUACUUCCUUCUCUCAUGUAAAGAUCUCACAUAGGGGGUCCAUUUCCGGUAGAACUGUGAAGGCAUGGUCUCCGGUGCAAAAAAGCCUACGAAAAUGGUACAAACAUCUCAAAGUCAGAAUAGAAUGUUGAAGAUGAAGAAAAAAGGAUACUAAAUGUACAUGACUUGUUUCCUUUAAUUUCCGAUCUUGCGGCACCUGCUAUACACAAUACAAAUAAAAAUGGCCCGAAUGUCGUUUGGGUGUAUGUUGUUUGGGUGUAACAAAGUGUAGUAAAGUGGCUUAUAUGUUGUUAUGGUGUACAAAGUAUUGAAAAACUUUAUAGUACUAUGUGAUUCUGUAUAUAUGCGAGUUAAUCUGGUUUUACUGUCAACUAUAAUGAAACUUUUACAUUUGGAAUCUUA